CGUGUUGCAUUCGCCUCCGUCUGUGUGUUGUGACUGUACGGGAGUGAAGCGGGAAAGGCUACAACUUGUCUUUUGUAUUUGUUUCUUGUUUCAUUAAAACAUGGAGACCAUUUUGGAGCAGCAGCGGCGCUACCAUGAGGAAAAAGAAAGGCUCAUGGAUGCCAAGACAAAAGAAAUGCUACACAAAAAAACUACGUUAAGGGACCAGAUAAACUCAGAUCACCGGACAAGAGCAAUGCUGGAUAGGUACAUGGAAGUGAGUGCAAAUCUGCGGGAUUCCUAUGAAGAUAAAGAUGGAAUGAGAAAGGAGGAGCUCAGUGCUAUUUCGGGACCAAAUGAAUUUGCUGAAUUCUACAACCGGUUGAAGCAGAUAAAGGAAUUUCACAGGAAACACCCCAAUGAGAUCUGUGUUCCCAUGUCUGUUGAAUUUGAAGAGCUAAUGAAAGCCAGAGAAAACCCCAGUGAAGAAGCACAGAAUUUAGUUGAAUUCACUGAUGAGGAAGGAUAUGGGCGAUAUCUUGAUCUUCAUGAUUGUUACCUGAAGUACAUCAACCUGAAAGGAGCAGAGAAAAUUGAAUAUAUUACGUAUCUGUCAACAUUUGAUCAGCUAUUUGACAUUGCAAAAGAAAGAAAAAAUGCAGAGUACAAAAAGUACCUGGAAAUGCUUUUAGAGUACCUUCAGGACUACACUGACAGAGUUAAGCCCUUGCUAGAUCAGAAUGAAUUGUUCAACAAAAUACUUAACGAGUUUGAGAAGAAGUGGGAAAAUGGUACCUUUCCUGGCUGGCCGAAAGAGACUAGUAGUGCACUGACCCAUGCUGGAGCUCACUUAGAUCUUUCUGCGUUUUCGUCUUGGGAGGAGCUGGCAUCUUUGGGAUUGGAUAGAUUGAAGUCUGCUCUCAUGGCUUUAGGCUUGAAAUGUGGAGGGACUUUAGAGGAAAGGGCACAGAGGCUUUUCGGCACAAAGGGAAUGUCUCUAGAAUCGCUGGAUCCCUCGCUUUUUGCCAAGAAUCCCAAAUCCAAAGGACCAAAAAAGGACACAGAACGUAAUAAAGAAAUUGGUUUCCUUGAAGCGCAAAUCUACGAGUACGUGGAAAUCCUAGGGGAACAAAGGCAGCUGACUCACGAGAACGUGCAGAGGAAACAGGCACGCACAGGGGAGGAGAGAGAGGAAGAGGAGGAGGAGCAGCUGAGCGAGAGCGAGAGUGAGGAUGAAGACAACGAGAUCAUUUACAAUCCCAAAAACCUGCCCCUGGGCUGGGAUGGCAAGCCCAUUCCAUACUGGCUCUACAAACUUCAUGGUCUGAACAUUAACUACAACUGUGAGAUAUGUGGAAACUACACUUACCGAGGACCCAAAGCGUUUCAGCGUCACUUUGCGGAGUGGCGUCAUGCUCAUGGCAUGAGAUGUCUUGGCAUUCCCAAUACUGCCCACUUUGCCAACGUCACACAGAUUGAGGAUGCAGUUUCACUUUGGGCCAAGCUGAAGACACUGAAGGCAUCUGAAAGAUGGCAACCAGACACAGAGGAGGAGUACGAAGACUCCAGUGGAAACGUGGUCAACAAAAAGACAUACGAGGACUUAAAACGACAGGGUCUGCUGUAAAAAUGAACAUUGUGAAGGAAGUCUGUGCGAGAUGAAAGGCUCUACCCUCCUGAUUUUAUCCCAUUUCACAGCUGAGGCACACAUCUCAUUGCUUUGCAGGAUGUUUUAUUUUUUACACCUUAACUCAGCUGUAACAUUUUGUGUCAUCCAAUUCCAUAACAUUGCUUUUGUUUAAAUUCUUCAUUGGCCAACUUUUGUUUAAAAUGAUCUUUAAAAUGUGAUCUCACUGUAUUUA